CUCUCACGUCGAGCUCUCAAUAAAGCUUGAUAUUGAAACUGGAAGCGAGCAGAGGGAAUUGGGGCGCGGUGGCCCUGCGCCUGCGCACUGGGACCGACAGGUGGCGGGUGUUGUUGUUCGGUGAUAGAGGCGGCAAGAUGGCGGCGCCCGGGGGCUCCGCUGCCGCCGCCGCCUCCUCAGCGUUGAAGGGGUUAAUCCAGCAAUUCAUCGCCAUCACGGGAGCCAGUGAAAGUGUAGGCAAGCAUAUGCUUGAAGCAUGCAACAGUAAUCUGGAAAUGGCCGUCACUAUGUUCCUCGAUGGUGGAGGGAUAGCUGAAGAACCCAGCACUAGUUCUGCAAGUGUAUCAAACCUCCGACCUCCUACAGAAGAGGAAGUAAGAGCACCUAUUCCUCAAAAGCAAGAAAUUCUGGUAGAACCUGAGCCCUUAUUUGGUGCUCCAAAAAGACGCAGACCCGCUCGUUCAAUAUUUGAUGGUUUUCGGGAUUUCCAAACAGAAACUAUUCGGCAGGAGCAAGAAUUGAGGAAUGGAGGAGCAAUAGAUAAGAAACUCACCACCCUUGCAGAUCUUUUCAGGCCUCCAAUUGAUCUGAUGCAUAAAGGAAGUUUUGAAACAGCUAAGGAGUGUGGUCAGAUGCAGAACAAGUGGCUUAUGAUUAACAUACAGAAUGUGCAGGAUUUUGCUUGUCAAUGUCUCAAUCGUGAUGUUUGGAGCAAUGAAGCUGUGAAAAACAUUAUCCGGGAACACUUCAUUUUCUGGCAGGUGUACCAUGACAGUGAGGAAGGACAAAGAUACAUACAGUUCUACAAACUAGCAGACUUCCCUUAUGUUUCUAUCCUGGACCCUAGGACAGGGCAGAAGCUAGUGGAGUGGCACCAGUUAGAUGUAACUUCUUUUUUGGACCAAGUGACCGGGUUCCUAGGUGAGCAUGGACAAUUGGAUGGACAUUCCACCAGCCCUCCCCAGAAACGCACUCGCUCUGAGAGUCUCAUUGACGCGAGUGAAGAUAGCCAGUUGGAAGCUGCCAUCAGAGCAUCUCUACAGGAGACACAUUUUGACUCUGACCAAGUCAAGCUGGAAAGCAGAUCAGAUGAAGAAUCUGAAUCAGAGCUUUUCUCUGGAAGUGAGGAGUUUAUUUCCGUUUGUGGUUCUGAUGAUGAUGAGCCAGACAAUCCUGCCAAGUCUAGGAAGUCUCCACACAAGGACUUGGGGUGUAGGAAAGAGGAAGGCAGAAGACCCCAGCCUGAGCUCACAGCAAGGACUGAACCUGAGAUGGUAACAAACCAUCGAGGACUGUCUUGCAUGGAUUCUGGGGUGUUAGAAGAGACUGGGGCUAAGCCAGAAGCUGCAGUGAAGGAGCUGAAUGUGAACGGACCAAAGGCACAGCUAAUGCUAAGGUAUCCAGAUGGGAAGAGGGAACAAAUUUCACUGCCUGAACAAGCUAAACUUCUGGCUCUCAUCAAACACGUACAGUCGAAAGGAUACCCCAAUGAACGUUUUGAACUCCUCACCAACUUUCCCCGGAGGAAACUUUCCCAUCUGGACUAUGACAUCACAUUACAGGAGGCUGGUCUUUGUCCUCAAGAGACUGUCUUUGUGCAAGAAAGGAAUUAGUUCUCCCAGCCUUCCCUCAUGUCAUUUUUGCCUACAAUACUAACUCACCAAGUAUGCAUUUGGCUCCAUGAGAUCACAGAGCUGAAAUCAGACAACUAUUUGUUGACUUCUCUCUCUCCCUCUUUAUGCUACUCUUGGCAAGUGAACCAUGUGAAAACAGUGGGGAAAGUUUAUUUGGCUUUGAUGCUGAAGGAGGGCAUGCCUGCUUCAAUGUUUCAUUGCUGGCCUUGUCUGUAUGUCCAGCAUGCUGGGGACACUGAACAGCCAGAGGAAGAAAUAUUUUCCCCUCUCCUUAGAAAAAAAUCUAUUUUCUUUAAUAUAUUUUAUUUUUCAAGAGAUCAUGUGAACAGUCAUGAAAAAUUUCUGGAGGCAACCAUUUGAGCAGGUGCUAGCUGCAUGGAGUCAGUACUGUGUUUCCACCACUUACGUGCAGGAUUUGGUUUUCAACAAGCAUGGCUGAUUCCAGAAAUGCCAAUAUGUGCUGAUAGUUGAAUCCUGUAUGCAGUGGGAGCUGCACACUACUAGGUUGCUAUGGUUUGAGAGUCAUUACACCAAGUUUUUCAGGCAGGCAGCUCAUGCCUAGAUGAUUGUGUGAAGAGGCCCCAUAACUCUUGCCCACAUGUGAAGAAAAUAUAAACAGAGCUGUGGAUCUAUUGCCCUUGUAGCUCUUUGAGAGACAUAGCAAACACAGUUCCAGGAAGGGUAAAGAAUGUGCAGCAUUAGAACAGCUUUCUGAGUUGAUUUGUAUGUAUUCUUUUUGUUACAGAUAGGAUGAGGUACUUUAAAGGAAGAUGGUAUAGCCUGUAGAUCUAGUAUCACCUAACCAUUGUCCUCUAAUCUUCCAUGCUUGGUCUAGAACUGCAUGGCUUUCCCUCUUCACAAUUAAAACUGUGGGAGGGAGAUUGAAUUCUCAUUUUCUAUCGGGAUUUUACCAGCAGUGGAAUAUGGCAAGAUGCUGACUAUGAAUGUAAAACUUAUUAAAUCUCUUCUGUCAUAACUUAAAGCUGUUUUGAUUCACCAUGUGGAAUUUGGUCACAUUGGGCUUUAAUGCAGUUGUGGGUCCUAAGCAAAACCAUUCUCUUGUGCUUUUUUGUUAAUUUUGAAAUCUUUUCGCUAAUUAACACACUAACAAUAAACAAAGUAAAAUGGCUUUGGGCUGUUACAUCAAUUUGAACAGCUCAAAUUUAGAAAUGGCUGCUUGCCAUGAUUUCUUCUAAUUGUCCACAAAAAGUAUAGGUAUACAUCAGUCUUGAAUUAUGGAAAGUGUGAUAUGGGUCAUUUGGGUUUGGUAACUUUUUUCAUUGUGUUUGGGGUUAAAUCUCAGUAGGACGGAUUAUAUUGUCAUCACAUUUGGUUUGUCCACAUGUGAGCGUCUAAAGACAAUUCUUGAGGAUUAAAAUGCUUAUAUUGCAUUGUAGAUUGGGAACAUGUAACCCCUUCUCUUCCUUUACAGUUGCUAUUAUCAAUUUUAAGGUGACUUGUUAUAACUGAGAGGUUAUACUGUUUAAUUGUAUUGGUGGGUGUUUGAGCACACAAGCCGCAAUUGAAUUUACGUUAAAAACAACAACAACCAUAUAGUUGAUAGUGUGUGCAUUCAAGAUUAGAACAUGUUGUUGGGGGAAACUAGUGUGUUGAAUAAGAAAUCUAGCUUUUGAUAUCAAUAUCAAGGCCCUGGAUCUUCUUCCUUCAAAACCUAUGCCAGCAAACAUUUUGUAUAUAGCCAAAGAGCUUACUUAAGGAUGAAGUUCAACAUCAUUUAAAACUAAAUGAGAAGUCUGCAGUCAAAUAAUUGGCUGGUAAGUUAUUAAUAUUUGAAGUUGAGCCCCACUCACCCCUCUUAGCCUCAGUUUCCUUUUACCUUAUCCACUAUUCUCAAGCUUCCUUCUUGUUCAUUUACUUUUUCUUUAAAUUCCUGUUCAUUGGUCCAUCAUUUACUCUGUACUCUUCCUUCUGCCUUUUAAUAGGCUAUUUGACCCCUUACCUUCUUAUCUCCAGGGAUCUCUUUCUGGUCCUCAGUCUGUUCCACAAAGCUACUCCUGUCCAUAGGACUUGUGCUACAAACUGACAACUUUUUCCCUCCCUUACAUUCACCAAAUGGACUGCAGGCAUUUUGAGAAUUUUGUUUCUUGAGUGCUUGGAAUGUUUGUGAACAUUCCAUGCUAUUACAUUAGCUCAGCUGACUGGUGCCAGAGCUUUCAUUAUCAAAGCACUAUACAAUAUAGUUUGCAUUUUCUGUCAUUGUUAUGUUAAGGCCCUAAAAAAAAUCUUGAGGAUUACGUAAUGUAAUUCCUUAAGGUUAUUUCCUUGGCUCUCCACCUGUGAAACUGCCUAAAUUAUGAAUGUCUUUAGUCUUCCUGACCUGCAUUGCUUUUGCCAGCAUUUUUUCAGCUUCUCUCUGUUGAUACAAAUGGUCUUGAAGAUCAUAUUUUAAGAUUCCUGUUACUUUGGAGAGGAGAUGCUGCUUGCACACUAGUACUGUACUCUAGCUGGAUUGCCAAAUGCAGUUAUGCAAACAACAGAAUUCAUUUAUCAAGAGCUGCCUGCAGAAUGAACAAUUACUUUGGCUGUGAGGAAUAGCAACUACAACACACAUAACCAUUUUUGCAGUAUCUUUGUUAAGUGUUAAUUCCCCCCCCCUCAGAGUCUCUGAGCUCUAAUAGUAUCAAUUUUCUUUGUCCUGUAAUUUACACCAAUUUAUUUCUCCCCAGCUAAUCUAUGUAACCACUAGUUAGUAUAAGGUUAUUGGUGCUUAAUGCCCAACAUUAUUGCAUUUAUUUUAUUUUAUUUAAAUGUUGUGUUCCACCCUUCCACAUAACAUCCAAGGCUGUUUACAAGAAAAAGAUAAAAUACUAAUAAAACAAAAAUAACUUCAAAAAUUUCAUUAAUAUAGUAAUAGGCCUCAGAAAACAAAAACAUAUUUGCCUGGCACAAAAAAGAUAACAGUGCUGGUACUAGGUGAACCUCUCUGUGGAGGGAAUUCUACAAAAUGGGGAGACACCACUGAGAAGGCACUUUGACGGGUCACCACCCACCUUACCACAUCCUAAGUAAUCAUGUGCAUGUGUGACUGUCCCUUUAAAUCAGCUGUACUAGUAGAUUGGCUCUUUCCUCGGAAUUCUUGCAUUCAAAAUAAUGGGUUGUAGCCAAUGGUGGCUUUGCCUUAACAGAAAUACUUUCACUCAGGCAAGUUAGGGCAUUAAAUUUUAGAUUUUUCUUGAUGAUCCCUGCUCCUUCCCCACAGAAAGCUGCUCCUGAUAGCUGCUCAAUUUCCAGAACAGAAUGGAAUAUGGUGCAGACGGCUGCAGAAAUUAGGAGUCUGGACUUGAGCGAUCUGAAAUGCUUUCUGAUAAGGCAAAGCCACCUUUGGAUACAACUCACUGCAUUGGAUCCAGAAUUGUCCCUCUGCAAAUGAGGGUCUAGUAAAGGCUUCCCACUGGACAAAGGUCCUGGGGCAAUGAUUUUCUCAGAUUCCUUGCGUAGCCCCCAGUGCCACUUCCCAUGCUGUUCUGGAGGGUUCUCCAGUGCUGUAGAACAGUGUGGGAGAGGUGCUGGGGAAGACAGAGGGAAUGGGGAAUUAAAGAAAAUCACCAUCAGAACCCCUUUCUUCAGUGCCAGUAGAACACUGCUGAAUACAUGUCUGGAUCCAAUCUACAGUGUUGAGAAAAUGCUUUGAAAUGGGCCAGGUAAGUGCCUCUUUGAUAAGUCAAUGUUCAAAUGGCUGUUUCAAGGAUUAACAACAUGAAUAUUUGGCAAUUUGCUUCAUAUACAGGAUCUUCCAAGGUACACAAAUGUCUUGUAUGGUUUCUGAACACUCAAUACUGCUGAAUGGAUUAUAAAAUCUAGAGACUAGGCAGGAAGCAAUAUAAUUUGGUUCGUUAUGCUUCUUCCCCAUAUCAUAAUCUGUAAACAGACUGGGAAUUGUGGAGGGGGGUGGUUCAAACACGGAACAGAAAUCCUCUGAUUUUAUCUUCUUAGGCGCUAUUUAGGCAAUUUAUGGCCCAAUCCCAUGCAUAUUCAGACAGGAAAAAUCCUACGACAGCCAGCAUGGCUAUCUGGAGGGAUGCUGGGAGUUGUAGGACUUUUUUUCCUGUCUAAACAUGCAUAAGAUUGUGUCCUGAGUCACUUUUUCAAAUGGGUGAUAGAUCUUCUCUUCCUCUGUCCUAAUUUGACAGUUCUGAUAAAUUGGUUUUGAGUCAUCUACCUAAGCCCGCGUCCCUUCUCUCAUUUUUUUUAAUCCUAUCUUUCGAAUAGUUCUCUAGAUUAAUAGAAAACUCUGUGAUGUAGGAUGAUUCUUAAACUCAGUGUAUGGUAGGUGGGUGGGGAGUCUUGAUGCCUCUACUCCUGUAAAAAGUGGCUUGAGAGCAGAAAAGCAGCAUAUAAAUCUUAACUAUAAACAAAAAGACUACUAAUUUGACACUUUAAAUCCUGCUGUCCUUAAUAGCAUAUUUUUAUAGGUUUUCUGUUUCAGCAUUUAUUUUUCAAGAAAGAAUAUGGACACAAAUGACUGGAAAUGUGUUGUGCAUUCAUGCCUGGCUUUGGAUUGCCUUCAGGUGCCUGCAGACUUAACAAAGUCAUCCAUUUUAGCUAGAAUAGCUUUCCCUAUGCUGCUGUUUCUGAAGAGGUAGCCUUAGCAAGAUUUUUGUCCAGUAAGGCAUAUUGGGGGUCCUAGUUUCUUUUUCCAGAUCUUUCAGUUUUGCCUGAGGCUUAUAAGUGGAACACAAAAGGCUGUGCAGGGAACUUCUAAGAGCUGAUCCCACCAACUGGCACCAACUGGGAAGACAUUCCUGAAAUUUGGAUUUUAGGGUGUAGGCUCUACUGCAAACACAAGUAAACUAGAAUUGUGAAGCUAGCUUUUUAGUGCAUGAGUAGCAUCCCAAAUGCUCAAAACUGUAGAGAUGACCUUGAAAACAAAAUCCUACUUCCAAGUGUCUAGCAUAGCUACAGAAAUAAUAUUGAAAGGAAAUUCCAGAAUAAAUUCUGAAAUCAAAAAUAGAAAGAAAGAUUAUAAGUAUGGGGGAGUUAAGGUGUUACAUUAAAAACAAUUUGAACUGGGUUUGGAUACUGUUAUAAUCAAGAUGAUGGUACCCUUCAAGACACUAAGUUGACUUUUUAAUGUUGGAUUGUUGUCUUUAAAGCUUUAUAGGUUGAGCUGUAUAAAACUGAUCUGCUACAUUUUCAGUAGAAGCUGUUUCCUUUGUAAUGUGAUGAGGUAAUUGUAAGAUGGGUGGGGGAAGAGAAGAUUUCAGCUUUCUGUGAUGGGAAGGACCAAACUCAAGGCAACCUUUGAUCUAUAUAUACAACUGCUGCAUUUUUAUAAAUAUGUGUAAAUGCCCUUCCUACUGUAAUAUUUUGAUCCUGAAAAUAAAGCAGACCUUUUCACUAA